CAGUUGUGCGGGUUGUGCAUGCUAGCUGGCGUAGCUGGAUUUUUAAUUUUUAAGUUUAAAUUUUAUAGCAGAGCUCAUUUUCGCUACUCAAAUUAUUUAAGAUUUAGCGAAAUCUAUAAACAAUGGCUGAUGAUGAACAAGAUCCCAAAGAAUAUAGAUGGGAAACAGGUUAUGAAAAAACUUGGGAAGCGAUAAAAGAAGAUGAAGAUGGAUUGGUGGAGGGGCUUGUGGCUGAAUUUGCUCAAAAAGCAGCGAGAAAAGCCGUUACUCAACGCCGAGGACCAGUUCGGCUGGGUAUGAUGAGGCAUCUACUUGUUGCCAUUGACUGUUCUGAAGCUAUGAGCUCACAGGACUUGAAACCGACUAGAUUUCUUUGCACAUUGAAGUUGUUGGAAAAAUUCAUAGAAGAAUUCUUUGACCAGAAUCCUUUGAGCCAACUAGGCUUGGUUACUAUGAAAAAUAAAAGGGCAGAAAAAAUCAGUGAGCUAUCAGGGAAUGUGAGGAAACAUAUUAAGGUGGUACAAGGAUUGUCCAACAUGUCAUUAACCGGGGAGCCAUCACUACAGAAUACUUUGGAACUUGCUGGCCGAGUCCUUAAACCACUGCCUGCGCAUGCUUCACGGGAAUUAUUAGUUUUAUUUGCAUCACUUACAACAUGUGAUCCUGGUGAUAUAAGUGUUACUGUACAGAACCUGAAGAAUGAAGGAAUAAGAUGCUCUGUGAUAGGAUUGGCUGCUGAAGUUAGAAUAUGCAAGAAAUUAUGCCAGGACACUGGUGGAGAAUAUGGUGUGGUAUUAGAUGACAUCCAUUACCGUUCUCUCCUACUAGAACAAACAUCACCGCCACCGCGCGCCCGUGCACUGGACGCCGGCUUGGUCAAAAUGGGCUUCCCACACUCUGCUCCACCCUCCACUCAGUCUGAUACAGAGCCACCAAUCACUGUCUGCAUGUGCCACAUUGAAGAAGGUGAAGGUGUAGGAGGUGAAGGCCAUCUAUGUCCACAGUGUCGUAGCAAAUACUGUUCACUACCUGCACAGUGUCGGACCUGUGGACUGACACUAGCAUCAGCACCACAUCUUGCAAGAUCAUAUCAUCAUCUGUUUCCUGUUGAUCCAUUUGAGGAAUUAAAAAAUGAAGGACAAAGUCAAUUCUGUUUUGCAUGUGUAAGAUCUUUCACAGAUACUGAUAAGCAGAUAUAUCGGUGUAACCGUUGUCUGGAGCAUUAUUGUUGGGAAUGUGAGAGCAUGAUAUCGACAACACUACAUGUCUGCCCCGGAUGUGCUUCUCGCCCUCACCUCUAUCAACGGUUACCAGAUACAGCUUGAAUAUUUUCUAAAAUAUCUAAUCAAGAAAUGAAAAGCAGAUGGCGAAGGUGACUGAGUUUUUAUUUGAGGACGAAGAUAAAAAUAGAAGGAAACUCUUUGAAAAAGCUUUAUUUCACGCAAAAGAUGGGAAAGUAUUGUAUAUAUUACAAGAAGAAUUAAACAAGUUACCGGAAUUAUCACAA